CAGGGUCUCUGGGUACCUAUCGUCACCGAUCUUUGGUCCAGUGAUCACAGGACACAAGGCAGUGCAGCGAAGCAAACGUGUGACUCGGACUGAUCACUUAGCUUGAGAAAGUCCACAGGAGUGGAUGAAAGCUUGCAUAACAAAUUUAAGGUUUAGGACGUACAAUUCACAAUGGGUAACGUCUACAAACUUUGGUUUGGUCUGGUGGUGCUCCGCUUCAUCUGGUGUAUAUGGCCUCAAACAAGUUAUGUGGAUCCGGCUGAAUUCUUUGAGGGAACAGACAAGCUUGCCUCUCGUAUAUUUGGAUUCCCAAGCACUGCUGCUGCGGGCUACGACACGCCCAAACCCCAGACCACCAUCUUCUUCCCAUACAUCACGGCUGGCGCUGGCUUCCACCUCCUCAGGAAACUGGCUGAACUGGGACUCGUUGCCGUCAACGAACGAACUCUCCUCAUCGCACCACGUUUGAUGAUCACAGCUGUGUCUCUGCUCUGCGAUUCCUGCGUGUAUAACAUAGCAACCAUCUUGGGCCAAGAUGCAGGUGCUUGUAUGGUCAUCUUCGCCAGCUCGUUCGCGACCCUGGUGUUCAUGACCCGAAACAUGACCCACGUCAUCAGCACUUGCACUUUUGCUCUCUUACUCCUCCUGGUGGUGGAUUCUCGUAAGAGUCAGCUGGCUCCGAAGACACCAUCCAAGGAUGGGAAACAGAAGAAGAAGAGUAAGGUGGUGAGCGAUCCGAACCAUGGUUUUUGGUUGGGAGUCUUUGUCUUGGAGGGUGUCUUUAACCAUCCAUCCUUUUUCAUCUAUUACCUCAUCCCCAUGGCUUUCUGGCUUACAGGAUCGGCCUCCCAGCUCGGUUCCGGAGCCCUCAGAACAGUCCUGUACAACCUGGCAUCCUUGCUGCCUGGUAUCGUCACAAUGGGUACCUUUUUACUUGUCCUGGAUUCCACAUUCUAUGGAACCCUUGAUGCGGAGAUCCUCCUCAACCCUCAGCUGUUGCUCGAGAACCUUAACUCCGGGUUGGUGCAGAACUUGACAGUUGCGCCCCUCAAUUUCCUGCGGUAUAACUUUCUGGACGCCCCUCUGGAAAUCAGACCAAAAACCACCCAUCUCCUAUUCAACCUUCCAUUGCUUUUCUUUCCUCUUGUCAUCAGCUUCAUAUCGGAGAUCUUCAUGGUGUACAAGGGAGCAGAGCCCCAGAGCGGAAAGACAUUUUCGACAUCGACAAGCCGUGCCUUCUUUGCCCUAGUUUUCACCACCCCACUUCUUGUCUUCUCUCUCUUACCUGACCAAGAUCCGAAGCUUCUGCUUCCCCUCAUCAUACCUCUGGUGCUCCUCUAUGCAGAGUAUGUGAUCUACCCUGCCACAGGUAUGCCUAACGCACCUUGGAUUGUCUGGAAUGUAUUGUUUGGAUUGGUAUUUGGAGCUGUGCUGCAGGGUGGGGUCAUCCCGGCCCUUGGAGACAUCAAAGCCACAGUGACAGCACCCGUCGUUGGUAAACCCACCUUCUACCACUAUGUCUUCUACCACACCCCCACCCCACCCCAAUACCUCUUAGCCUUGCCACCCCAAGGUACAUCAUCGAAACACCAAAACCAGUUCCUCAUCCACGAUCUUGGCGAGAUGGACCGCUUUGAUAUGCACCAGACGAUCGGCUCCCUCCUCAGAGACGACAAGUCAUCUCCAGAGGCUUCGUCGUACAAGAAAGAGAUCUACGUCAUAGCCCCAGCGUCCAUAGAUGCCCUCUUCUGCCGAAUCAACGUCAAGUUCACCUACAAAUUCGUGAAGAGGUUCACUCCCCACGUUAGUCUAAAUGAACCACCGUACCUAUUCCCCGACUAUGUAUGCAGUGCGGAGAAGGACCGUAGUUAUUUCCGCAUGGGUAUUCAAGAUCGUAUUCCAGCACUCUUCUCUUUGAAUAUGUACAAGGUAAAACUUGUGCGUCAUGUUGGAUCGGAAGAUAUAGAGAAGUAUGAUGAUAUUCAAAAACAGAAAUCUAAAGGAACCAAUAAAAAUCAGUAAAUGACACUUGCUUACUAAUACUAUUGAGGUUUUUCUGUGAUAAUUGCAUGUAGAAAGCUGAUUAUUUUGGGAAUCUUGGUUUUAUAGAUUGCAGAUGAUAUGGGUAAGAAAAUUGAUUAAUAAUAACAAAAACAUAUGUUAUGUCUUUUCAUUUUUUUUCAGGACAUUAUACAAUAAUGUUCUAUGAGCUGCAGAGACUUGUAUUGAUUACAUACUCAUUCUUCCAUUUAUCCACAAAUAUGCAUGCUCAUUUAUGUACUGCAAUUGUGAUUCUAAAUAUUCUCAAGUACUGUAUAAAACUAUUACCCAAAGGAACCGUUUGUCUUUCAUGUUUUUACUGAAAUCUGACAGUGAUGUCUUGAGACCAGUCAAUGUCUUGGGUUUUGGCCCAAGGACCUACCGGUAAUACUACAUGAAUUUAAUAAAAGAUUAUCCUCCUGGUCUUUUAUACCCCAUGGGCCAGUUUUUCAAGACUGUCAUAAGUCUAAGUUUGUGAAAAUCCCAUUGAAAUGCAUGUUAACUACUCCCGUUACAAUUGUAAACCCACAAGAUUAGAGUUACAACAGUUUCAAAACACUUUUGUCAGGUCUCGUCGGUAACACUUACUUGACUAGGUCUGCACUUCAAAAAUGCAAUUUAUAGCCAUGUUAUUUAAGUUUUUCAGCAAGUACUCCUUCAAAUGGAUAUGAUUGGGUGAUUACAACAUCUAUGUCUUGAAGAAAUGAAUUGUGGACCACCUUGACUUGAUAAAUGAAGUAUAUAGUAAUACCAGAAAGUUAAUAGAUUUAUUUCCAGGGUAUAUUUGUAUCGUUAUUGUGCUAAGCACAUUGUGUCUAAAAGUUAGAGGGGUAAAUGAGAACAUAAUCAGCAAAGGUUCAUUC